UGCUGCUGGGGCCCCAGGUCGUCGAACCAACCGACCAAUCACCACGACUCUGUAAGCCUGAAUCCUAAUGAGGCCCACGGUAUAUAUUCGCUCACCCUCGCAUCACCUGGAGAUUUUUCCAACCACGAUCGACUGGCGAGGUAACAAAAAUGAGGUGGAUGACGGAAAAGUUGUUACUUUUCCUGGGAGUUUUCUCGGUGACAUUUUGCACCUACGCAAUCGCCGGUGACCAAGGAAAGCAUGGAAGAGUCGUUUGUUACUUCAGCAACUGGGCGAUAUACAGGCCAGGAAUCGGGAGAUACACGAUCGAAGAUCUUCCCGCGGAAUUGUGCACGCACGUGGUAUACUCGUUUGUCGGUGUGAGCAACGUGACGUGGGAAGUGCUAGUGAUCGAUCCGGAUUUGGACAUCGAUCAGGAUGGAUUCAAAAACUUCACGAAUUUGAAGCAUAAGUAUCCAGGACUGAAGACCGAGCUUGCGGUGGGCGGUUGGGCCGAAGGUGGUCGAAAGUACAGUGCGAUGGCUGCGGUUGGCGAACGAAGAAAAUCGUUCAUUCGCAGCGUCGUCGAAUUCAUGUACAAAUAUGAUUUCGACGGAUUCGACCUUGACUGGGAGUAUCCUGGGGCCACCGACCGAGGAGGUAAAUUCUCUGACAAAAAUACUUUCGUAUACUUUGUCGAGGAGUUACGGCGGGCCUUCGACAGGGAGGGAAAAGGCUGGGAAAUUACAAUGGCCGUUCCGUUGGCUAAAUUCCGUCUUCAAGAGGGUUACCAUGUUCCAGAGUUAUGCGAGCUUGUGGACGCUAUCCACGUUAUGGCGUACGAUCUUAGAGGGAACUGGGCCGGAUUUGCAGACACCCAUAGCCCCCUUUACAAACGACCACACGAUCAGUGGGCAUACGAGAAACUUAACGUCAAUGACGGUAUGAGACUCUGGGAAGAUCUCGGCUGUCCGUCAGACAAACUUGUCGUUGGAAUUCCGUUCUACGGUCGUAGUUUUACUCUAAGCAACAGCAACACUAACUAUAAUCCAGGGACUUACAUUAACAAGGAAGCCGGAGGUGGAACUGCCGGAAAUUAUACCAGAGCCAAGGGAUUCCUCGCUUAUUACGAAAUAUGCCCUGAAACUCAAGAUCCAAAAUCCGGAUGGACCAACGAGUGGGAUUCCCAAGGGAUGGUGCCAUAUGCAUACAAAGGUACCCAAUGGGUGGGAUACGAAAACGAAAAAAGUGUUCAAAUCAAGAUGGAUUUCAUAAAGAACAAGGGAUACGCCGGAGCGAUGACCUGGGCGAUUGACAUGGAUGAUUUUCACGGUAUUUGCGGCAAGCCAAACGCCCUCGCCCACAUUCUCCAUGAAAAUAUGAAGAACUACAUUGUUCCCGCUCCUAAGCACGCCACGACUCCGAGGCCUGAAUGGGAUCGGCCACCAAGUACAGCGGCUUCGCCCGGAGACGCAGAUCGUCCACAUCGUCCUAUAAAGACGACCAAGGCACCGAUGACAACCGCAAGACCCACUCCAGCGUACAGACCACCAUCGACACCGACCACGCCGAGACAAACGGAGGAAACAACACAGCCAACGCGACCCUCGUGGCCUUCGACGUCCGCAAAACCUGCGGUGAUCAACGAAAUAGACGAUACUUCCAAUGAAAUUAAAUGUGGAAAUGACGACUUCAUGCCGUCCAAAGACUGCACUCUGUACUACCGUUGCGUUUAUGGGAAACCUCUGAAGUUCCAGUGUCGCGACGGUACCGUGUACAAUACGGAAAAGUUAAUCUGCGAUUGGCCGAAGAAUGCAGAUCGUUCGGAAUGCCGAAGCCGAAGAAGAAACUGAAUAACAUAAUUUUUAUUCGUAUUGAUUUUCAGAUCUUCUGGUUUUAUUAUCGCUAUUUUUCUUUGAUCUUUUUUGUUUCUUCUACGUUUCACUUUUAACAGUUUUAACGAAGUAUGGGCGUAUGAUAUAUUUAUGCGUGGAACGUGUCUAUGAAUAUAAAAUUUAGCGCCAGUUUUGUGACGUUAUAUGCCAAUGACUGCCGUUUUAGGCCAUUAUAGGUACAUCACAGUUAUAAUAGGUGUAACAAGAACUGUUAAUCAACGGUCAAUUUAAUUGCUCGUUUGUUUGCUUUGCAAUAAUCGCUUGAUGUUCAACGCACAUAAGCAUAAAUACAUGAACAUAUUAUAUUAUACGAGUAUGUGAUCAAAAAAGCAAAGUGGCGGUGAAAAGUUCACUUGAAUUUAAUAUAAUUAGGUAUAUGUAUAGGACUAAUAAAGCGAGCUAUUAUUUUUAAUAUCCAUCCAAUAUAUGUGACGAUAAUAACAAUAAUUAUUAUGCGCAGCAUUCACAGUUUUGUAAACAAUUCACUGGAAAUUUUCAAUCAUGUAAAAAAGUUCCUGUAUGCAUCACCAAUCUUCUUUUAAAAAUUUAAUCGACGUUAUAACGUACAGGAAAUCCUUCUGACUCUACUUCCGAUAAUUUAUUCUACAGUGAAAUUUUAAAUUCCAAGUCGCAUCGCACUUGAUGAGCCUCAGUCAAGUAGGAUAGGUUUGAACAUUGAAUAUAGAACCCGUGCUGCAUAAAUGAUAUUAUAUACUUGAA